AUGGUGAUUACUUCAGGCACAAUUACCGUGCCAACCCCUACUCCGGCACCGCAGAUCAUAGUCCACCAAGACAAUUCUACAUUUCCAACUAGAAUUAUACUGGAUGAGACUAAUUACUCAUUAUGGUCUCAACUCGUGGAGAUCCAGGUUGGUGCUGGUAUCAAGGCUGGGUAUCUCACCGGAGAAGUGACAAAACCCGCACCUGGAAAUCCAAAAUUGGAGGCAUGGAUAACCGAAAAUCAUCGAGGCAAGAGUUGGCUUAUUGGCUCGAUGAACCCAUUAUUGAUGCAGCGAUUUAUUCAUCUUCCCAUGGCUAAGGAGAUAUGGGAGGCGGUGUUCGUGGAGAAAUCUUGUGAAAAUCCAAAGCUUGACCUCGAGAAGCUGUAUGCAUAUGCCCGGAGAGAGUAUCAGCAGAAGUAG